AUGCCGGAUGAGAGGCCGCUGACAGCAGCAACCAUGCGACUAAUGAUGGCGGAGUUUUCCAAAAAUAUUCAAACCAAUAUGCGGACGCAAAUCCACACGCUUUCCGCUGAGCUCAGAAAGGAACUACAUGAAGAUGGCCAACGUACUUAUCAAGACGAAAAGAAAAUGGACGAGUUUGCUAAGGCCCACAACAGCCUCGCAGACAAGCUCCAGGAGAUGGAAGCGGCUCUCCAAGAACAUAAAUUGAAACUAGCGGAUAUCGAGGAGCGGGCUUGGAGGAAUAACCUGCGCAUAAGACUUAGUCGGUCCUCCCCUCUGCACUCAAUGCUUACCUGUUGGAUUUCUUCCAGGCCCUCACUCCAGAGAUCCACCCGGACCAACCAAUCAUCGACAGGGCUCAUCGACUCCGACGCCCACAACACCUACCCACCACAGCAGCCAGAGAUGUGA